CGUUGCAAAAAAAAGAAAACUUCUCUUUGGUUGAACUUGGCACCAUGCAAAGAACGUGGUUGGCUAGUUUCAUUCUUUUCUCUUUGAUAUUAUCAACUUGUGCACUCUACUAUCCAGACUUGACUCAUGAAGACUUUGACUCUGUGAUAGAUGGUAGUAAACCUGCUUUAAUAGAAUUGUAUGCACCUUGGUGUGGUCAUUGUCAAGCCUUGGCACCGGAAAUAGAAAGACUUGGAGAGUCGGUAAAAAACAAUAUGCAAAUCAUCGUUGCACAAAUAGAUGCGGAUAAGGACAAAGUUUUAUCAGAACGGUUCCAAUUACAAGGUUAUCCUACCAUCAAACUCUUGUCAUCAAGAAAUACUACAAGUGACUGGAUAGAAUACACAGGUGAACGUACAGCUACUGGACUGGUUGCUUUUAUUCAAAACCAUACUCAGCAGUCCAUCAAGUUGAUACCUGUGGAAACUUUUGUGGUGGAGUUGACGGAUGACAAUUUUGAUAAAGUGGUGAUGGAUCCUUAUAGUCAUGUGUUGGUAGAGUUUUAUGCUCCUUGGUGUGGUCAUUGUAAAACAUUGAAACCACAAUUAGAAAAAGUAGCCAAGACCUAUCAUCAAGUGAAAGGAGUAGUGAUAGCUGCGAUAGAUGCGGAUAAAUAUGGAAAGCUUGCAGAGAAAUAUCGCGUGACUGGAUUUCCCACAUUGAAAUAUUUUCCAGCAGGAAAAGAUAAGAAACCAAUGGAAUAUGAUUCCAGUCGUAUGGCGAUAGCUAUUGUAGAGUUUAUGAAUCGUCAAGUUGGUUUGGACUUGGAUGUUGGAGGAGAACUUUUACAAGAUGCUGGAAGAGUUGAAGUGAUGGAUAACUAUGCUCGCGAUUUUAUAACUUCGAAUAUCAGCAAACACGAGUCUAUUCGUCAGGCAGCAGAAGAAGAAAUCAACAACCAAAACUUGAGAGGCCAGUUGUUACAAAAUGCUAGAUUUUAUUUGACUGUGAUGGAACGAUAUUCAAAGAAUGGUGGAGAUGCAUAUUUGAAUAAGGAAUUGAGCAAGAUUGAGAAAGAGUUGAAAAGAAAGGAUUUAUCUCCCCAUAAACGCAACAAUUUGAUUCGAAAACAAAAUAUUAUCAAAUUUUUUGCUACUAUCAAAGACUCGGAAUAUUUAAAAGCUCAAGCAGUUGGUGAUGCUUUAGAUGAUGAUGAUGCGAAUUGAAGAAUAGUAUCAUAUAAAUCGAUUCUUUUGCUA